AUGGCAGGACUGUUCCGGAAGAUGUACGACUGGUUGCUCAGAACAUUUUGGGCGACCGAAAUGGAUGUCACGAUGAUCGGGUUGCAGAAUGCGGGCAAGACCUCGUUGCUGCGCGUCUUGUCGGGUGGAGAAUUUACGGUCGACUCCAUUCCAACGGUCGGUUUCAAUAUGAAGCGAGUACAGCGCGGCCACGUAACACUCAAGUGUUGGGACCUGGGAGGCCAGCCCCGUUUCAGACCGAUGUGGGAGAGGUAUUGUCGGGGUGUCAACGCGAUCGUGUUCAUCGUCGAUAUAGCAGACUUGGACUUACUUCCGAUGGCGAAAGAAGAACUCCACCUGCUCACGUCGCAAAAGAGCCUCGAAGGGAUCCCCUUGCUUGUGCUGGGCAACAAGUCGGAUCUGCCCGACAGGCUCUCGGUGGAUGAGCUCAUCGAUUGUCUGGAUCUGAAGAACAUAGGGCACCGGGAGGUUUCCUGCUAUGGUAUAAGUGCGAAGGAGGAGACCAACCUAGAUGCCGUCCUCCAAUGGCUCAUGAAGUGGGCCAACAAGUGA